AUGUACUUUUAGAAACUGAGAAAACAAAAGAUUUUAGAGCAAUUCUUGACAGAAAUGCAUGGGAUCCCCUUGCCACAGAUAGGAAACAAGAUCAUUCAAUACUGAUAUUGACUGAAGAACAUAAGUAUAAUCUGGACCUUGCUUCAAGGAAUUUGAAGAGCGUUCAUGCCUUAACAGCUCAAGAAAUUUUUGAUGCGGGCGAUGUUUAUAAUAUAAUGUGUCAUGAGAUUUUGAUUAUGGAUAAGGAAGCGACAGAAACAUUACAAAUGGCAUUGAAACCUAAAUGA